CUGGGCUGCGCCGGCACUUGGGGAAGCGGGCGUCCAGGGCAGCUGGCCCCGCGCGGCCGCCGCCGGAAGGAGACGGCGGUAUCGAGCUCGUGUGGGCGAUUCCCGGAGAAAUUCGGUUAAGCCCAUCCACAGUAAUGGCCACGGCCCUACCCAGGACCCUGGGGGAGUUGCAGCUGUACAGAAUAUUACAAAAAGCCAAUCUGCUUUCUUAUUUUGAUGCCUUUAUUCAACAAGGUGGUGAUGAUGUCCAGCAACUCUGUGAAGCUGGAGAAGAGGAAUUCUUGGAAAUCAUGGCACUCGUGGGCAUGGCUAGCAAGCCCCUUCAUGUUAGGAGGCUACAGAAGGCUUUGAGAGACUGGGUUACAAACCCUGGCCUUUUCAAUCAGCCGCUGACGUCCCUGCCUGUCAGUAGCAUACCCAUCUAUAAAUUACCAGAGGGAUCACCAACCUGGCUGGGAAUAUCCUGCAGCAGUUAUGAAAGGAACAGCAAUGCCCGGGAACCUCAUUUAAAAAUCCCCAAGUGUGCUGCCACCACCUGUGUGCAGAGCUUGGGACAAGGGAAAUCAGACGUGGUGGGGAGCUUAGCGCUGCAGAGUAUCAGUGAUUCCCGACUCUGGCAAGGCCACCAUGCCACCGAGAGCGAGCACAGCCUCUCCCCAGCUGAUCUUGGCUCUCCAGCUUCCCCAAAAGAAAGUAGCGAGGCGCUGGAUGCUGCUGCCGCGCUCUCUGUAGCCGAGUGUGUGGAACGAAUGGCCCCCACGCUGCCAAAAAGUGACUUGAACGAAGUGAAAGAGCUGCUAAAAACCAACAAGAAGUUGGCCAAAAUGAUUGGUCACAUCUUUGAGAUGAGUGAUGAUGAUCCACACAAAGAGGAGGAAAUUCGAAAAUAUAGUGCAAUAUAUGGCAGAUUUGACUCCAAGAGAAAGGAUGGGAAACAUCUCACGCUUCAUGAGCUCACUGUUAAUGAAGCGGCUGCUCAGCUUUGUGUGAAGGAUAAUGCUCUACUGACAAGACGAGAUGAACUUUUUGCCCUGGCUCGGCAGAUUUCUCGAGAAGUCACCUAUAAAUAUACUUACAGAACCACCAAAUCAAAAUGUGGAGAAAGAGAUGAAUUAUCCCCGAAGAGAAUUAAAGUGGAGGAUGGGUUUCCAGAUUUCCAGGACUCCGUGCAGACACUCUUCCAGCAGGCUAAAGCUAAGAGUGAGGAACUCGCUGCUCUUAGUCCACAGCAGCCUGAAAAGGUGAUGGCAAAGCAGAUGGAGUUCCUUUGCACCCAAGCUGGCUAUGACAGACUGCAGCAUGCUGAAAGAAGACUGUGUGCAGGACUUUACAGGCAAAGCUCAGAAGAGCACAGCCCUAAUGGCUUGACUUCUGAUAAUGCUGAUGGACAAGGCGAAAGACCUUUGAACCUCCGAAUGCCUAACUUACAGAAUAGACAACUCCAUCAUUUUGUGGUGGAUGGGGAGCUAAGUAGACAUUACUCCAGUGAGGCGAAGUCCCACUCAUCAGAGAGCCUGGGGAUUUUAAAAGACUACCCUCACUCAGCUUUUAUGUUAGAAAAGAAAGUCAUCAAAACAGAGCCUGAAGAUUCAAGAUAGCUAUGAUUCUCCCACUGUUCUCUGGAGAUGGCAUCAGAUUUAAGGAUAAUGCUCCAUCAUAGAAAUAAGCCUUAAUAACCAAUGUUGCCUCAUUCAGCACAAACAGAUUUCAUAGCCAAAGCUUAAGGACUGAUACAGUAAUCUGUGGAAACCAGGAAGACAAAACUACAGCCACAAAAGAAAAUUAAGAGAAUGUUACAAUCUGUAACAGAAAUACUGAUCCACAUUCCUCUGUAAGUCAUUUUAUGUGGAAAGGCUUACAAAUUAAUAUUGUAAGCAUUAAUUAUUUAAGAAUGUACAAUGUAUUUGUAUAAUUUAUAGAAGUACAAUCUAGAUGUUGAGACCUGUUUGGGCCAAUAGGUGUGGAUACAGUUUAUCUUACUUGAAAUUACAUUGUCUACUUUAAGUGUGUUUUGCGUAAAUAUUAUUGUAUGUCAGAGUUUAGAAUCUUUGCAGUCAUAAAAAAGAAAGUUUAAGUGAUGUAGUUAUUGGCAAAGUUGCAGUGACUUUGGAAAAAUGGAAAGCAAAUACUCAAUUUAAGUCAGGAAAAUGUUGUAGAUUUAAUAUCUGAUAAAACUGAUUUUGUUUAAUAGGAAAUGUGUCAUUUCUUAGUAGUCAAAUGUCAUUCUUACUGGCUUAAUUAGGCACAUAGUUAAUAAAUACUGGAGUAAGGUCCAAAAAAUGAGCUAUAGAGUAGAAAAACCUCUCUUACCUAGUUGACCCAGGUUGCAUUUUAUGAUAGCUACUUAAGGUAUAACAAAAAUAGGAAGCUAUUAGUUGGACAGAGAACUAUAAACAAGUGGGCAGAUGUGUAAAAGCCUUGACUUAAAAUUAUUAUUUCAGGAUGUUAUAUAGAUUAAGACAUAGUAAGUUAACCCGAAAUGUGAUAAGGAUGGUGACUGUUAACAAAGGCUAUAAUAUAUAGUAGAGUAAGUACUGUUUUAUAGCUAGAAAUUCUUCUCUACGCACCAGAGUCAGAGAAGCUAGAUGGCUCUCCCUGGGGAAUGUCUUCCCAUGCAGACCAUCACAAGUUUAGACAAUCAGUGCAUCCACAUUUGCAGGCAUAUUUCUAUGGAGGUUUAGUUGACACAUAUUAUUUAUUUUACAAUUUCAUUUUCGUAUACUUUUCAGAUUUAUGAAUGCAGUUUAUUCUUAAAACUCAAUUUAACUUGAAAAUCUGUUUUAAUUCUCCCUAUUUAAUUAAUGGGUUGUAUGCCUAUAUAUGAGGGUGUGCUUAAAUGUUAAUAACAUACUUGCAUACUUACUAGAACUUCACAUUGGAAUCCAUAGUGAAAAACAAAUACUACUUCUACCAAUUUACAUUUUUUCUGUUGGUUUAAGAGAAGAUGUUUGACAGCUUUACCUACUUCCUCCAGAUUCAUGUAAACCCAGAUAUUGCUGAGAAGAGUGUAUUGACUUGGAAUAUGUGUUUUUUGUGUUGUUUUUGGUUCUGGUCUAGGUCAUAACUAUGUAAAAAAUAUUAAGUUAUAAUCUAUUAUACUAAAAUUCAUCAGCCAAAUGUUAGAUGAAAUGUCUGCACUGUAGUCUCUGAUCACUGUCACAUAUAUAAUUCCUUUUUCAUUUUGAUUUGUAGAAUAGCUUUACAGUAGAAACACCAGUAAACAACUUUUAUACUAUUAAAAGGCUUUUUUCCCUUCCUAAAUGUUUUAAUUGUACCAUAGUGUUUUGCCCACUGAAGAAGCUUUUUAUGGACCUUGCAACUUUGUUGCUAGCUUGAGGUUGAUUAUUGUGAUUGUAUUGUUCACUGUGCGUAGAAAUAGUAUGAAUACGAUUUACAUAGAUUGUUCAGUUUUUAAUAUUAGCCAUAGAACUGGUUAGUAUCUCAGUAGUUUCAUGAAACGUUUCCUGUAUUCUAAUCUAUUUUGAGAAAUUCUGUGGGUUUUUUUUAAAUUGUGUCUUAUGGUUCAAGUUUGUAGAUUUUAAUAAGCAAAAAUUUUUAAAGAUGUGGUAAUCUUCCAACUAAUAUUUAUCUGUCUUUCAUGACCGCACAAACUGCAUCUUUAAAUCCAUAAAUAAGUUUCCUUAAGUAUGAUACUUUUCUGGUCUUUCAUGCUUAGUGAUAAGGGGGAAGCACAAGAAAAAUUUCAGUAGAAUACAGUUUUUAUUUUGUAAACACUAAUGUAUUAAACUUGCUAUACAUUGAAGCAAAUAAUAUAUAUUUUUAUUUGAAUUGUAUAUAUGAAUUGGAUGUUAUAACUAGUUGAUUUUUUUCAUUAGAAAAAUGAUGUGUUAGAGGUAUUUUCACUGAACAAGGUCAAUUGGUUACCUCAGUAUUACAACCAAUAUAGUCCAAGGGACCAUUUCUCCCCAA